AGAGAGGGAGGUGGGGAGGCAUGCGUCCUUAAUCUUUGGCAAUUUUGUUUUUUUAGUUUGUGGGCCCCCCCCCCCCCCGCCCCGCUUCCACCCUUUUUGACUUGACUGGGCAGUUGGCAAUUUUGAAGAACUUCUAGGCUCCUGCCCUCCGGGCCUUGGCACAUAAUUAUUCCCUCUGCCCUGUCCUUAAGCAGCUAGCUCCUCGUUCCUCAGCUCUUGGGGUGUCUCCUCCUCCAGGAAGCCCUUCCUGCUCCCCUGGAUCAGGCACCCCACUUUGAGCUCCCUGUCCCAUCCCUGAACACCCUAGGUCAUCACUGGUAAUGGAUCUGUGUCCCAUAUGGACUGGGAGUCCCAUGAGGUCAGAGCCAGUGGUGUCCUGGUUACUACCACAUCCUCAGCACCACAGGGCACAUUCAUUCCAUGAAAGUGGAAAAAAUGCUUCCCUUUCACCUCCUGGUCUUUGUACAUACUGUUCCUUUUGCUUAGGUACCUUUCCUCACUCCACCCUACUACUCAUGUUGGUCAUAGCUCAGAUGUUUCCUUCAUCAGGAAGCCUUCCCUUAUUCUCCUGGCUGAGCAAGGUGCUUCUUCUGGACUUCCUGUGCCAGCCAGCCCUGAUCCAGCCUGUGCCUCCCCCAUCACAGCCUUGACGACUCUGGAUCAUCACUGUCGAUGAGUGUGUCUUCUGUGCUGGAUGGGAGCCCCAGGAGGUUGUUCGAGUUACUCUUCUGUCCUUGGCACACAGCGAAAGGCCUAAGUGCAAAUUAGGUGCUGAAGGAACGUUUGCUGGCUGAAUAAACUGAUGAGAAAGAGCUGCUAAGGAUCGAGGACAGCAGAGAAUAAAGCAGACAAAGAAAGGGCUCUUAAUUCUUUCAGUCUUACUCAAGGUGUCCCCUCCUUUAGGAAGCUCUCCUUGAUCCCUAGGCUGGAUCAGGUGCCUAUUCUGGGCUUCCACAGUCCCCUGGGAUUGCUCACUACAGCCCUAACCACUCUAGGCCCUCACUGUGUAGAGACAGGUCUUCGCCCACUGAAUGAGGCACUCAGUCUCUCUAGUUCCCAUUUGCUCAGGGCCUGGGGGUCCUGUUUCAGGAUUUCUUAGGGCUCCAGAUGCGGUGCUCCUAAGUCUUGGGAAUACAAACACCUCAACCCCCCGGCCCUCGGGGGACCGCUGUGUCCCUUGGCCUCCACCCCCGGGUGCCAGACAUCUGGAUUCUUGGAUCAAUUCAUCCCCCAGCCCCUCUGCAAACUGAGUGCUCACGGAGGCCAGCCUCUCAGACAUGUGAUCAGUGUAGUUGACAGGUCCCUGUGCCGAGAGCCCUUUCAGGUGUGAUGCUCUGUGGUUGCCAUCUGGAAAUUCUUAAUUUUCUUUUUGAAUUUGGAUUUUGUAAGUGCGGUCUGAAGGGAUGUCAAGCAUGCGCUAGAGGGGACUGGAGCCUUGGCUCACACACGGCUCCACCUCCUGCCACCUCCCGCGUCCCUGGGACAGGCUCUGUCUGCCUUUAUCUCCCUGCCCCUGCCCCGUGACCACUGUCACCUCAAACUUCAGCAGGGCCUGGGUGCAGCCGGGAAGAGCAGGGUCAUGCACUCAUGCCUCAAGGCAUCUCGGGUGGGGCAUGGCAGUGGGUAGCUGCUGACCGGAAGGGGAGCCCAGCCACCCAGUUGCUCUGGCUGUGGGACAAGGUCUGCAGACAAGGUCUGUGAGGGUCUGUGCUCUCAAGCGUCCAAGGUGUUUGCCUUUGGGAAUAUGACAUUAAACACCAGGAGGAGUGGAGAAAGACGGCAGAAGAAAGGAAAAAUGCAUUUCUAUUUUAAUACCUUUAAUGGCACUCUUCCCUGCCUUUUGAACCGGGUCCCCAAUAUUUACAUUUUGCACCGAGCCCCACAAAUUAUGUAGCCGGCCCUGCCCCUAACCCCACCCCUUCCCUGACACAUCCCAGAUUGUAUGUCCCAGAGGGAGUGGGUCUGAAGAUAGGCUGGGAAUGUCACCGGGCUCUGGACCUGCCUUGGCCCAGGGGACAGGAAACCAUAGUGGAUAUGGCCCCAAGGUUGUCUGAGGCCCUGGCCUGACCUCCAGAGCUGGGGACUGCCUCCACACUGACCUCUCUGUUCGCAUAUCUGGGGAACCAGCUUCUAGAAUCACUUUGCAGUGACCUCUGGGAACAGGAGCAGUGAAGAAUCACAGAGCAGGUGUAAGGAGAGGCCCCACAUUCAACCUUCCCUCUGCUCACUGGGCCUGGGCCAGGUUGGGGUCAGCACCCAGGAUCCAGGCAGGCCUGAGCAAGAGGAGACUCCCCACCCUGGGUACCACUCCCUCCCAAGAUGCUAGUUCUUCUGGUCUGGCUAGUUGGGGUUCCUCCCUGAAACUCUCCCACGCAGCUGGGGCCUGCAGGGCCUCUGGUCCCAAACACACAAUAGUUACAGUAUUAUUACCCUGCCUCGCUCCAUCCCUCAGGAGAUAGGUGUUUUCAGGUCCUUUUGGCAAAAGAGGCAGCUGAAGUUCAGAGAGGGAGUCCCAGUUGCUUGCAGUCACACAGCAAGAGGAUGGCACAGGCAGGAUUAAAAUUUCAGUCUUGUCCAAUUUCAGAAUUGAUACUUUGAUGCUCCUUCCUUUAUUAUAAAACAGAUCUCUCAGAGGCUCAGAGAGGUGAAGACACUUCCUUGGGGUCACACAGCAAACCCUAAGCAGGGCUGGGAUUUCAAGGCUGGAAGGCUGGAAGGCAAGGAGGCAGGGGCCCAGUGCUGGAUGACUUCACAAGUAGUCAUUCGCUUUCUCUCUGUGAGCCUCAGCAUGAUGCCAAGUGACGUCACCUAUAUGACUGAGGUGCUAGUCAUUAUUGGGAAUAGGGGUGCCCAAUGGGGUCUGGGGGAAUAGAUAAUAUCUUUAUGGACACAGCCGCUAUUUUUCCCUGGCACAGAAACAUCUUAUCUAUGAGCCGGGAAAAACAAAGGAAGGUUAGAGAUGUAGCUUAUAUAAUGAUAUAAUAUAGCAUAAUAAUAUAAAUGUUAUUAUAUAAUAAACAUAACCUAUAUAAAUACUAUAAUAUAACACAGCAUAACGUAACAUAGGCAGUCAGUUAUAUGAGCCUGGAUAUGGAGGUGCUUAGUCAUUUUGCGGUUCGCAGGAUGUUCUUGUUGUUUCAGAAUUCAGACGCGGUCAUGCAGUGGUUCUGAGUGUGUCCCCCUCCAGCACGUCACAGUGUGGCCCUGGCUGGGGUUGGUGUUCAGUGUUGGUGUGUAAUAGAACCCCACGGCCUCACUGUGGGUGCCUGGCCAACUCCCUGAUGUCAGGGGCUGCUUUUCUUCUUUACCUGGAAGACUGCCCAGCUCCCUCACUGGUCUCCUGGCCUUCUCUCUCCUUCCAGAAUCCUUUCCUUUUUUACACAGAGGCCACGGUGACAGUCUUUCUUUUUUUUCUCUCUCUUUUCUUUUUUUAAGUAUAAUUUACAUUUAGCGAAGUAUAUAAGUAUACAGCUGUGUAAUUUUUUUUUUUAAAGAUUUUAUUUAUUUAUUUAUUUGUCAGAGAGAGAGAGAGCACAAGCAGGGGGAGCAGCAGGCAGAAGGAGAAGCAGACUCCCCGCUGAGCAAGGAGCCUAAUGUGGGACUCAAUUCCAGGCCCCGGGAGGUCAUGACCUGAGCCGAAGGCAGAUGCUUAACCCACUGAGCCACCCAGGCGUCCCCAGCUGGGUAAUUCUUUACAAAUUUGUACACACAUAUAACUACUGCCUGGAGGAAGAUAGUGGGGGCUCAUCACCAUCGCUCCUUUGGGACAAUGGAAUCCCUGUUCUGUUCUAGAACUUCAUGUAAAUGGAGUUACAUGGUAUGGUUUAUUUGCAUAAGGCUUCUGAGCUCUACAUAAAUUUCGAGAUUCAUCCAUGGGGCUGUAGACACCAGUAGUUGGCUUGUUUUCACUGCUGAGUGAUAUUUCCCAUGGGGUGAAUGACCCACUCAUUCUUUUCCAUUCCCUUCUUGAUGGAUAUUUGCAUUCGUUCCCAGAUUUUGAUCCUAUUAAAAAGCAAGUCUGAUUGUAUCCUCUUCCCCCACCUCUGGCUGAUUUAGACCCUCUUAACAUUUAUCCACCUUUCUCAGAAUUCACUGAAAUCUCUUCACGGGGCCUGUAAUGUCCUGACCGGUCUAGCCCCUGCCUGGCUCUUGGGCGUCAGGGUCCACCUUCCUCCUCUUUGUCCUCUGAGCUCCCUCUGCUUUGUAAUCGGCUCUGCCCCCUGUCUUUGAACCACAGCUCGAAGGACACCUUCCGGCAAGCUUCACUGACCAGCCAGCCUCCACCCCUAGACUCCAUACCUCCUUGGAGCUCCCUACACUUCUCCCUUCAUUGUUCCUUGUAUAUAACAGUUUGUGUGAUCACUUAAUAUCUGUCUCCCCCAUCAGACAGUAAGCUCCAUGAGGACAGGCAUUGGUUCUGUCUUGCCCUCCAACAGUCGCCCAAACCAAAGCUUGCCCCCCGUUAAGUACUCAUGAAAUAUUUCCGGAGUGCUGAGUGUCGAGUAGACCCAUUCUGAACCUCAGUACUUUCCCCUCUACCCCCCCCCCAAACCCACAGACUUUCUCCUGGAGACUGUCAGGGAAACUUGCCUCCUGCCCUUUCCCUCCUCAGCAGCUGUGGGUGACACACCCAGGGGUGGGUGCCCCGCCCCACGGCGGACGCUGAUUUGGCCUGGUUGGGCAAGGCCAGGGUUGCCUGGGGGGAGGUUACUCAUCCUGGGCUCAGGUAAGAGGGCCCAGGUUGGGAGGCGGCACACUCAGGGGGGACGCCGAGGGAGCAGGACGGAGCCAUGGACCCUGCCAGGAAAGUAGGCGCCCAGGCAGUGAUCCGGGCGACAGGGCAGCUGUUGCUUCUGCUUCUUCUUGGAGGAGCGCAGGCCCUGGAGUGCUACAGCUGCGUGCAGAAAGCGGAUGACGGAUGCUCUCCGCAGAAGACCAAGACGGUGAAGUGCGCGCCGGGCGUGGACGUCUGCACAGAGGCCGUGGGGGCGGUGGAGACCAUCCACGGGCAGUUCUCGGUGGCAGUGCGGGGCUGCGGUUCGGGACUCCCGGGCAAGAAUGACCGCGGCCUGGACCUUCACGGGCUUCUGGCCUUCAUUCAGCUGCAGCAGUGCUCCCAGGACCGCUGCAACACCAAACUCAACCUCACGUCGCGAGCGCUCAACCCCUCAGGCAACGAGAGUGCGUACCCGCCCAACGGUGCCGAGUGCUACAGCUGCGUGGGGCUGGGCCGCAAGGCGUGCCAGGGCACGGCGCCGCCCGUCGUGAGCUGCUACAACGCCAGCGACCGCGUCUACAAGGGCUGCUUCGACGGUAACGUCACCCUGACGGCAGCGAAUGUGACUGUAUCCUUGCCUGUUCGGGGCUGUGUCCAGGACGAGUUCUGCACCCGGGAUGCGGUGACAGGCCCAGGGUUCACACUCAGUGGCUCCUGCUGCCAGGGGUCCCGCUGUAACUCGGACCUCCACAACAAGACCUUUUUCUCCCCUCGAAUCCCACCCCUUGUCCUGUUGCCCGCUCAUAAGCCCACCACUCUGGCCCCAACCACCUCUGUCACUACUUCCACCCCAGCCCCAACCACUCCUGUCUCUACCACCAAACCCGCCUCAGCGCCAACCAGCCAGACUUCUGCACAGGAAGUACAUCCGGAGACCUCGUGGAAAGAGGAAUCUAGCUUGGCCGCAGGUGCUGCUGGCCACCAGGACCGUAGUAAUAUGGAGCAGUACUCUACAAAAGACGUGGCCUAUGGUAAAGGCUCUGCAACUUUCUCCAUUGGGUUGGCGUCACUUCUGUUGGCUGUGACUGCUGGCAACUUACUAUGAGUUUUCCCAUCUAGAAACCUCCAUCUUGCCCUAUUCCCUGGCCCUGGGCACCCUCUCUUGCCGUUACUUCCCUUUCCCUGACUGGACUGGGCUGGCCCAGCGUCUGUUCUUCCAAUCUCCCCCACUCUCCCCAGCUUCUGCUGCACUGGUUUGCGGCCUUGGGAAAUAAAGUUACCAUUGUAUAUAUCCUGCCAGGGUGUUGCAGCUUUUCGAAGGCAGCAAAUGCAUCUCCCUCACCUUUGUCUCUCCCUCCUCUCCUCUUGGUGCCUGGGACCGAGAAAAGUCAGGGCUGUCACAGGGAAAAUGGGAGAAACAAUGAUAAGCUUCCUGUUCGCCUUCUUAUAGCCAAUCUGGAAUAUGGGGGGUGGAGCGGGCUAAUCAUGCCCUCCUCUGCUGGCUGCUGCCCCUGCCCCCCAUCUCUGUGGCAGUUUUUUUGGCAUCCAACUUCCUUACUAGACUGUGAGCUCCUCAAGGGCAGGGACCGGGCCUUAUGCCCCUGUGUGGUCAGCUUCUGGCACAGAAA